UAUGUUAGCCGUAGGUAUCUAGAUUUAUAGUUGGCCAUUAGAUAGUUCGACGGAAUGGGUUUCAUAAAAAUAAUAAAUUAGUAAUUUUAUUGUAAAUAAAAUAUUUUCUGUGAUUUUUAUUAAAAUUAAUGUAUAAAUUCUUAAUAAGUAGAAGUGGAAGCCCACUUAUUCGUGCAUUUACAGUUAUUCGCGUAACACGUAUUUUGUGCAUAGAGUUCAAGUAUUGAAUUAGGCCACAUAGCGAUCUCUCCCUAAAAUACCGCUGUUCUGGCUGUCGCGUGUCUACGUAUUAAGACGGACUUGCAAUUCUAGAUAAGUGAGGCGGGAUAGUGAUGAUCAAAAGGCCGUGAACUAAUGUGAUGUCAUCAAAAGGGGAAACAGAGGCCGAUUCUGGCACGGUGUCGCCAAAUACAUUACCUGUUAAAAAUGAACCGGUGGCGGCACCAAGUAAGGAGACUCCCAAACGAAAUAAUAGUACAUUAUUAAAAUGUACAACAUGUAAUAGCUUCAGUACACUAAGUACCCGGGCUCUAAACACUCACAUGGCACAGUGCUCCCCUGACAACAAUAAUGUGGCCACAGCUCAGAAUACUGAUGCCCGGCCGCACAGAAAACUCUUUGAGUGUGAUGUGUGCAAUAUGAAAUUCUCAAAUGGCGCCAAUAUGCGUCGCCAUAAAAUGCGGCAUACUGGUGUCAAACCGUAUGAAUGCAGAGUCUGUCAGAAGCGAUUCUUCAGGAAAGAUCACUUAGCUGAGCAUUUUACAACUCAUACAAAAAGCUUGCCAUAUCAUUGUCCAAUUUGCAAUCGGGGUUUCCAACGCCAGAUCGCGAUGCGCGCCCAUUUCCAGAAUGAACACGUAGGUCAGCAUGACCUUGUCAAAACUUGCCCUCUAUGUAGUUACCGCGCGCCCACUAUGAAGAGUCUACGAGUACACUUCUUUAACAGACACGGUAUUGAUCUCGACAACCCAGGCCCUGGGAAUACCUCUGUUUCCCUUUUGGCUGCUGGAAUUGCAAAUGCAGCAUAUGGUGAUGGUACAAUGGACCCUAGUACACUAAAUGCAUUGGGUGCUCUUGGGUCCGGACUAUCGGUAUCAGUUGCGGCAGCUUAUUCAGACAGUGGUGACAGCAAUGGAGAGAGAUCGGUUGACAAUGCGACACCACCCAUGCACUAUUUGACCCCUCACGUUGAAAUAUCAAUGGCAGACAAUAAUGAAACAUUUUCCCCUGGACAGACGAGUCAUUUGGGCAAUUCAGAUUCCCGUGUGAAUGGGGAAGGCCCCAGUUCACCCCAAUCAGGAGAUAGCGCAGUGGCAAGUAGCUCACUCUCUGCAGGCCUGCCGACUAACAUCACUCCAUCAAUCACACUUAUACCUAUUAAACAGGAGCCAAAUGCGGAAGAGAAUGCAGGUGAAGAUGGGAAUGGUGAAAAACGAGACGUUAAAUCGAGUCUCAAAAACCUUAUAAAGGUUUCGCCGCUCAAAAGCCUCCUUAGAGAAGACUUACGCCGUAGAAUCUCAGCGCGUGGACGCUCGCGUGGCUCAAAUGCCCGUGCAUCACCAAGCGAAGGCGGCAUAAUAACGUCCACCCACGGCGACGCCCUACUACCAUCUUCUCUUGUCUGCACAUUCUGCUCUAUCACAUUCCCUGAUUCGACUCUAUAUUUCCUUCACAAGGGUUGCCAUUGCGACUCAAAUCCAUGGAAAUGCAACAUUUGCGGCGAACAAUGCUGCAAUGUUUACGAAUUCAACUCGCAUCUACUGUCCAAAAGCCACCAAUGACUGUUUGCUGGGGGGACGCAAUGAUAUAAGCACUACACGUGAGCGAUUCGAAGGUAUUUAUCUCUUUAUCUAGGAAGAUCUUCGAACUGCUGAUACGUCCCCCCGAAGCUAAAGUGGAAGCUGGUAUGGUACUUUAAAUGUUUCUCUCAAAUGGUUAAUUGUGUGUUCCUUUUGUGGAAAGGAAUGCCGUUUUUGAAAUGUUCCAAAUUCAAAUUUAAUGUUUGCCUCAUUACGAAUGGAUAAGAAAAGAACAGCAGUAUCGAAAACAGAUGUUCCAAAUUUAAAGUUAUGGUAUUGUUGUAUUGGAUGUUAUGAAUGGGAAUUGGCUUGAUUGGCAAUGUUCCAAAUUUAAUUUAUUAUUUUGUUGUAGGACGGUAAUGCUUUUUCGGUGAAAAUGUGUACUAUAGAUUGUACUGUAUUUGUAACCAUCGUGAAAUUAAUUUUAUAUAAAUGGUAAACACGGUAUUAUCUUUUGUGCACCUAUUAAAACAAGUUCAGAUGUAAUUCAAACUUGUUCCAAAUUGUUUUUAUUAUAUCGUGUCUUGCUUUUUAAAUAAGUGUGAAGAAGACGGGAGUAGAAUAUGGACGCGUUUUUUUUAGGCAAUACUCAAUUGUUUUUGUACUGCUGAACUUUUAACAAUGUUAGUAAGACAUAUGUUAAGAUGUGAAGUUAUGUUAUAGGUUUAUAAAAUGGACUGUCCAUGUCAAAUAUUGCUUCAUGACAAUUUGAAUUUGGAACUUAACUCAUUUGAAGGAUCAUACUGGUUUACCAAAUUGUGGUGCAAGUAAAGAUAUUUUUAUGGAUAUUUUAGUACUAAAUCGGUUAAUAAUUUAGUGUUUGGGACCUGUCGGAAAUUAUCGAAGUGAAAUUUAAACAUUCCGAAUUGCAACGAGUGCAUUCCAUUUAAUGAGAUUGACUUAUGGCCUCUGGCGGGGAAUAUUGUUUAUCAUAAAAGAUUUUAUUUAUUUAUUUUGUGUACUUAUGUAUAGUGAUAUACAAAUAUCUAUUGUGGUGCGAUAGUGAAUUUUACAAAUGUUUAAUGCGUGUACAAAUUAAUAUAUUUUUACAUUUCACUAUUCAAUAUUUUAUUAUGGCAAAGCCUAAAUGUGAUGACCGGAAUUUAAAAUUUUCCGUUUCUAUUUAUUUUCUACGCAUAUGAUGCAAGUCCACGACUAUACUUAAUGUACAAGUUGAUUUUUGUUGUUAUUUUAUUUAUAUUCUAAAAUGGGAUAUCGUACUUAAGUGGUCCAUAAAUCGUGAUUUAGUUGAAAGUAUAAGGAACCCACGUAUGGUGAGGCGAAUAGCUUGAAGAAUUUCUACAAAAAAACUUAGAGUUAUGGAAAAACAGCGCUGAUUUUUCUUGUUAUAAUCUAGCACUUUUUUCGACUUUCGUAUUUGUAGCACCUUGGCAACACCGCUUUUCUUUUCAUUCGCCAAAGAAGGUUUAGUGAGUUAUGAAAAAACAGCACUUCACAUAAUCAGUGCCUUUUUAGCGCCGUUUUGAAGCGCAUUAGAAUUUUGCACGGGAUUUGAGUAGCGUUUUAUCUCAUGUUUAGUGCUAACUUACACUUUUUUUACUUUCGUAUUUGUUGUUGGCAACACUUCCGCUUUUCUCUUCGUUCGCCUCACUAUUCAGCGAGCGUGUAGACGCUCAGUAAUAUAUUGCUCAAUACUUUCAAGGCUCAAGGAGUGGGUUCAAUUCGGUGCAAGCGAUUCGCACAAAAUUAUCUUGUAACAUUGUAAUGCGUGCUUUUUGGUGCACCUAUAUAUACCCUCGUAGGUAUUUGAAUUGGAAAUAUAAAACUACUUAAUAUAAGCGAUGUAACAGCUAUUAAUUAUUGCGCCAAAUGUGCUCAACAGAGAAAUAUUUUAUGCAAAUUAUUUAUUAGAGAAAAUUUAAGAUAUUUAAAUGUUAUCAGAUUAAUAUAUUAUUUAUGAGUUCUAAUGCAGUUAUACAAUCAUUCUAUAGUCUAUUCAACUUCUAAGCAUUCCUUUUUUAAAUUUAAAGAUUGCAUUAACUGCAUUGGGGUUAGUUUCGGUACUUGCAGGUGAGUUUUGGCUUAAUACAAAACAUUCCUUAUAGUAUAGACGAUAAGUACUUAAUAUCGGUUGUGGUCUUGCCUGUUAAGUUAACGAAAUCGUUUAGAUGGAACUUAAAUUGUUAACCAACGAAGUGUCUAUUGUCUUUUUGAUGUUUAAAUAAAAUACUGUUAAAACAAAACAUUUAAAACUUAAAAAUCUACUCUCAUACUGGCUUUUUCUGACAUUUGAUUGGAGCUAUAAGUCAUUGUUAGCCUACUUAAUUAGUUGUCUAUGAAGGAUUUUAUAACAGUAUUUUGUUUAGAUGUCUUUGUUUUGUUUUAAAUGCUAUUAGUGUAAGAGCCGCAGCGCGCGGUGACGUCCAAUGGACCUAGUGAGUUACCUGAUGGAACAACACAUAUUUAUUAUUUAUUAUAUAGAUACAUUUUUCCUCUUUGUUGAUUUUGUUGUAGACUUGAUGUUUUUCGGUCCCUACCGUCGCGCCGUGGCUUAGCUUAGGGAAGUUUACCAAUUGAUGGUAACCCCAUUGGGCGCCUUCACUUAAUCCGUCCACGUCUAAAGAUAGAUAUUGCCUUUACUAUUUAAUAGAGAUAAUAUAUUUAUAAGCGUUAGAUAAGAACAGAUAAGUGAAAAUAUUUACAAAUAACAAGAGGUUUAAUUAGUUUAGAGAAUUGAAGAGGGGGUAGGCUUCGAUUUUUGGAUGUUGCGGUUUUCAUGUAAAUGCUUUAUCGUGUGGUAGUAUCUUAGUUGUCGUGAUUGUACAUUGUCAAUUUAUAACGAUACAGAGCAGUAUUCAAAUCAUCCAAUAUAAGUCAAACGUGAGUUAAAUAUAAGAUAUUUGGCCUUGAUUUUUCAAUUGUUAAACUGUGACGUACAUCUUUAACAUUUGAAAAAUUUGGCCCUCAAUUUGUAAUUAAGUGUUUAUGAGAAUGUAGUGUAUUAGCAGGGGCAAGAAAGCAAUUUCAUUUAUUUUGAAAUAUAUUCAAAUUGAUAAAGACCUGUACGAUUAUAAUUAGCUCUUAUGCUAUGUUUCCUUGUCUCUGACACUAUGGUUUUACUACGUUCUAUACUUUUUGACCUGAAAUUGAUGCCUUUAUGGGCCUGUAGGCUAGAAUUGAGUUUAAUUACGUUCAUAUUCAUUUUAUUCAUAGACGUAUCGUAGAAUAGCAGUCCUCACCUUAAUACCAAAAUACAGCUUACCAACAUUUAA